AUGACCGUUCCCUCCCAAGUAAAUUACUUCGUCAAUCCCACGCAGAAUCCCGAAGGACAAUUCCGUCAAAUUGCAUUGUCUUCAAUUUAUAGGGUGAAGCAAUCUCUCGCCGGAAAAUAUCCUUUACAACGACCACCUGACGAUCUUUCAUCACUUUUCCGACGAUUCUCUUCAUCGAUCACGG